CAAUCAGAAGUUCAGAAUCCCGGGACUUCAGUGCUCUGUUUGGCUCCUCCGUGUACUGUACCGCUCUGCGUUUUCUUGUGGAAAUCUUGAGACAGGAUAACAACUAAACUAUAAAUAGAGAGAGAGGCUACAGGUGCCAAUUGUUGACGGGUUGGGUCCCCUUACCCACAACACCCCACCAUGCCACUGGUUACGAGGAAUAUCGAGCCACGGCAUGUGUGUCGUCAGACCAUCCCUCCCAACAUCCGCAGUGAGCUGGAAUGUGUCACCAAUAUCAGCUUGGCCAACAUCAUCCGCCAGCUCGGCAGCCUCAGCAAAUAUGCAGAGGAUGUGUUCGGGGAGCUGUUUCUCCAGGCUGGAGCAUUUGCAAUCAGAGUAAAUACACUGGGAGAAAGAGUGGAUCAGCUGCAGGUUAAAGUCACCCAGCUGGACCCCAAAGAAGAGGAGGUCUCUCUGCAGGCCAUCACUACCCGUAAGGCUUUCCAUAGCAGUCUGACCCAGGACCAGCAGCUGUUCACCAGGCCGUCUCUGCCAAUGCCUGUACAGGACACCUACGUAACCUGUAAUCCGCCCCCACCACUCAACUACCUCAGCAAAUACCGGGACGAUGGGAAGGAGGCCCUGAAGUUUUACACUGAUCCCUCCUACUUCUUUGAGCUGUGGAAGGAGAAGAUGCUGCAGGACACCAAGGACAUCAUGAAGGAGAGACGCAAGCACAGAAAGGAGAAGAAAGACCAUCUGAACCAACGGACGCUCAAUCCACGAAAGAUCAAGACCAGGAAGGAUGAAUGGGAACGCCGUAAGAUGGGAGAGGAGUUUAUGGUGCCAAAGAAUGAUUUGAUGAAUUCUUCUGAGGGUCUGAAUGGCAGUAUUGGAUCUGGAGAUGGCUUCAAUUCUGAAGGCCUCGAGAUGAGCACCGGCUCCUACGCUUAUGACCCCAGCUCCCCGCCUGGCACUGAUGACUUCCUGCCUCCUCCACCUCCAGACAUGGCGUAUGACGGAGGGUAUGGAGCACCAGCCGGGAAGCGUGUCAGCAUGCUGAGUCCAAGCCACCCACCUCCUGCUCCCCCCAUGGCCUCUCCCCCUCCCAACUCUCGUCCCAACCUCUCCCCGCCCCCUGCACCUCCUCCCCCUCCUCCAUCCUCUGGCUUUGGGGUCCCCCCACCUCCCCCUGGCUUCAACGCCCCACCUUCCCCUCCUCCGCUCUCCUCCUCUCCCACCGCCUAUCCCUCCCCACCUGCUCCCCCUCCUCCACCUAUGUCCAAUGUUCCUCCUCCUCCACCACCCAUGCCUGUGGGUGGUGGUGUACCACCACCUCCUCCUCCUCCUCCACCUCCCCCUGGCCCUCCUCCGCCAUCAUUUGACCACUCUGCUCCCUCUGGUGGGGCGCCAACCAGCUCUGCUCCCAAACCUGAACCAGAGCCCGCCGAUGAUGCUCGCAGUGACCUGCUGCAGGCCAUCCGACAAGGUUUCAACCUGCGUAAGACGGAGGAACAGCGGGAGCAGGAGAAGAGGGAUCACUUUGGCAACGACGUGGCCGCCAUCCUGUCCCGUCGUAUCGCUGUAGAGUGCAGCGACAGCGAGGAUGACUCCUCAGAGUUUGACGAUGAAGAGUGGUCCGAGUGAUCCUCAUCCCUUUUCACCUUCACUACCACCUCCCUAUCUUUCUUCAGCCUCAGACAAGUGACCUAUUACAAAUCACAUUCCUUGAACCAUUUAUUCCUAUUUAUCCAAAAUUAUUCCGAUCACAGGUGCAAAAGUCCAAAGAUUGAGUGUGAGUGUGCCUGGUUGUGUCCCCAUUUAUCCAUUGCUUUCAUUGGAUGACACAGCGCUGUUAUUGAUGCGAGUGUUAUGUGACGUGAUGCACGUCUCUGCUGAGUCUGUGCGUAAACGCAUCACCUCUGUCUUUAUCUGAGUGUCAGGUGCCCUCUGCUGUGGGCUAUUUGCCUGAUUUUAUCUGCUUUAGUAUAUUAUGGCAAAGGAUAAUAGAGAGGGAGCACAGUAUCUGUCUUUACUCAGUGGAAAGACACAAAGUGUUGACGUCAAAACGUUCUCGCUCACUCAGAUUAUAUAAUAUAGGUGUAAAGUUUAUAUAACAUAUUGAAUCGUAUCUACUAAAGAUAAUUAAUGCAAUCCUUUUUAUAUCCCCUUAAAGCAGUUUUUUUUUUAUCACUUUUCCAUUCCUCACUUUUGUAUUCAGUCUUCUUCCUGUCUGUGGUUGUCAUGGGAACAGUUCACUUGUGGAUGAGACAUGGUUGUAAACAAAUUCAUGAAUUAAUUAUUCAGUGUGAUAGGGGAAGCACUGGCUCAUGGCAGACACCUGGGGUGUUUGAUGAGACACACCAUGCUGAACAUAUGCAGAUAUUUAACACAAAUAUGAUUCGUUUUGUACUGUGUUUCAGCUCUGUUACGCAUUUUCUCUUGAACUUUUCUGUGAAUCCACUCGGCUCUGAUGCUUUAAUCCCUGUGCUUUGUGUAGAGCUGCCUGAUAAGUGCCUUUUUUAUACUGCAUGUCAGUGUCAGUGCAGGUUUAUUUUGUUUAUCCACGCUGCUCACUGAUUGGCUUCUUCCAAAAAUAUUAUCAGCUGCUGUUGAUGAGUUAAAUGUAGAACUGACUGAUGUUUAGUGUGGACCACAUAUUUCUCAAGUGCCUUAUUAUUUUAAAUCACACAGCAUGCUUUGCCAAAGCUUCUCCUGCUAAAAUUUCCAAAUGAUUAUUUCAAUAAAGAUAUCCUUAAUUACA